AUGGCGGCCGUGGGAGCGGCGGCGGGGUUGGGGAGCGCUGACUUCUCGGACCUGCGGGAGAUCAAGAAGCAGCUGCUGAGCGUGGCGGAGCGCAGCCGUGAGCGCGGUUUGCAGCACAGCGGGAAGUGGGCCUCCGAGCUGGCGUUCGCCCUGGAGCCGCUGCUGCUGAGCGAGCUGCCGCCGCCGUCUGCGCUCACGGAGGAGGAUGCUCGGGAUCUGGAUGCCUACACAUUAGCCAAAUCUUAUUUUGAUCUAAAGGAAUAUGACAGAGCUGCAUAUUUCUUACGGGGCUGCAAGAGUCAGAAAGCUUAUUUCUUGUAUAUGUACUCUAGAUAUCUGUCAGGGGAAAAGAAGAAGGAUGAUGAGACAGUGGAUAGUUUGGGACCACUGGAAAAAGGACAGGUGAAAAAUGAAGCUUUACGAGAGCUUAGAGUUGAGCUCAGUAAGAAGCACAAAGCACAGGAACUGGAUGGAUUUGGCCUUUAUCUGUAUGGUGUUGUGCUGCGAAAGCUGGACCUGUCUAAAGAAGCAAUAGAUGUAUUUGUUGAAGCUACUCAUGUCUUACCUUUGCACUGGGGAGCUUGGCUGGAACUUUGCAACUUGAUUACAGAUAAAGAGAUGUUGAAGUUCCUGUCCUUGCCAGAUACAUGGAUGAAAGAGUUCUUUCUUGCACACAUUUAUACAGAGCUCCAGCUGAUAGAGGAGGCUCUGCAGAAGUAUCAGAGCCUCAUUGAUGCAGGAUUUUCUAAAAGCACAUAUAUCAUCUCUCAGAUUGCAGUUGCCUACCACAAUAUACGAGAUAUUGACAAAGCUUUAUCUAUCUUUAAUGAGCUAAGGAAACAAGAUCCUUACAGAAUAGAAAAUAUGGACACUUUCUCCAACUUGCUGUAUGUCAGGAGCAUGAAGCCUGAGCUGAGCUACCUGGCUCACAAUCUCUGUGAGAUAGACAAGUAUCGUGUUGAGACCUGUUGUGUAAUUGGAAAUUAUUAUAGCUUACGUAGCCAGCAUGAAAAAGCAGCACUGUAUUUCCAGAGAGCCUUGAAACUGAAUCCUCGUUAUCUGGGAGCCUGGACGCUUAUGGGACAUGAAUAUAUGGAAAUGAAGAACACAUCUGCAGCUAUCCAGGCUUAUAGGCAUGCAAUAGAGGUGAACAAAAGGGAUUACAGAGCCUGGUAUGGUUUGGGGCAAACCUAUGAAAUCCUUAAAAUGCCGUUUUACUGUCUCUAUUAUUACCGACGGGCCCACCAGCUCAGACCCAAUGAUUCUCGUAUGCUGGUUGCUCUAGGAGAGUGCUAUGAGAAACUCAAUCAGUUGGUGGAAGCUAAGAAGUGCUAUUGGAGGGCUUAUGCUGUGGGAGAUGUGGAGAAAAUGGCAUUGGUGAAACUAGCAAAGCUGCAUGAACAGCUGAAUGAAUCUGAACAGGCUGCUCAGUGCUAUAUCAAAUACAUCCAGGAUAUCUAUUCCUGUGGGGAGAUAGUGGAGCAUCUGGAGGUUAGCACUGCCUUCCGUUACCUUGCCCAGUACUACUUCAAGUGUAAGCUCUGGGAUGAAGCCUCAGCUUGUGCUCAGAAAUGCUGCUCAUUCAAUGAUACUAGAGAAGAAGGAAAGGCGCUGCUGCGGCAAAUCUUACAGCUUCGCAACCAAGGAGAGACCUCCUCCACAGAGAUUGCUACUCCCUUUUUCCUCCCAGCAUCCUUGUCAGCCAAUAGCACUCCCACACGUCGUGUCUCCCCGCUCAAUCUGUCUUCUGUUACACCAUGAGCGAUGCUGGUACCUCUCACCUGUGUGUUGAAUGUGAUGUUGUGGAUGGGACUUGCAACCACCUAGUGUUUUCCAGUGAAAUUUUUAUGUUCAGUGUUGCCUUCAUGGGUAAGGAAGGAGGGUAAAGAGCGACUGGAGCCCACAGCUGAAGACGGGUUGCCCAAAUAGGCAAACGUGCAGCCUGCUUGAAAGUGCCUACUCUUAUAUGUGAGAACAUGCUCUACUUUUCACCAAGUUAUUGCGGUCGAGAGAGCAGACAUGUUCCAAUACAUGGGUCUGCUAAUAGAUCAUGGCAGGAGACUGACUUCAUGAGUUUGUGUGCCUCUGGUCCUUCUCUGAACUUCUCUGGAUAACCUUCUGUCUGCCUGGCUGCUUAAGAAUUUUUGACUGUCUUGAGUUACAGAGAUGAUGAAGCAGUAUAAGACACAUAAAGACAGUUUCCAUGCCUAUGUCAAAGGACUGAAAAGUGUUAGGAAUUUCAGACAACCACGAAGGACAGCUGUUUGUUAGAACCACAGGUAAAACAGCAGAUAUUUUGACUGAGUAGAAAGGCAGCCAGUAGGAUAGCACAGCUUCAAAAAAAUAAAAUGAUUAAGUUACUGUCCUCGGA